AUGUCCAAUCCCAAAUCCAAGCCCCGUACAAUCCUAGGCCUAAUGACAACGGGCCCCUCCGCCACCACAGGAGCCCGAAUCACGUCGCUGGCCGAUUUCCAGCAGAUCUUAUUCUCUUUCCAAGAACACGGCUACACUGAACUCGACACCGCACGCAUAUACUCCGGAGGCCAACAAGAAUCUUUCACAGCGCAAGCAGGCUGGAAAGAGCGCGGUCUGAGCAUCGCGACGAAAUGGUAUCCCCUACAACCAGGGCAACACAGACCAGAAGUUAUUAGGGAGAAGCUCGACGAGUCAUUGGCAGAGCUGGGAACAGACUGCGUGGAUAUCUUCUAUCUUCAUGCGCCAGAUCGCGCCGUGCCGUUUGCAGAGACGCUGGAAGAAGUGAACAAGCUCUAUCAGGAAGGAAAAUUCAAAAAGCUCGGGCUGAGCAAUUAUACAAGUUUUGAGGUUGCAGAAAUUGUCAUGACUUGUCAGGCGAGGGGUCUGGUUCGACCGACCGUUUAUCAGGCGAUGUAUAAUGCACUCAUUCGCACCAUCGAAGCCGAACUCAUCCCUGCUUGCCGCCGCUACGGACUGGACAUUGUAGUCUACAACCCUAUCGCGGCAGGCGUUCUAGCAGGAGCAUACAAAUCGCCGUCUGUUCCUGAACAAGGGCGGUUCAGCGCACAGAGCCCCACGGGACAUACGUAUCGGGACCGGUACUUCAAGGACCCGACUUUCGCUGCUCUGCGGAUCAUCGAAGCCGCGGCGAACAGGCACGGGUUGACCAUGGCAGAGUGUGCGUUCCGGUGGUUGAGGCAUCACUCGGCGCUGAGACUUGCGGUUGACGGGGAUGGGGACGAUGGUGUUGUGAUCGGGGUUAGUAGCCUGGAGCAGCUCGAGAGGAAUCUUGCGGAUCUUGAGAAGGGCCCGUUGCCGGUGGAUGUGGUGGAGGCUUUUGACGAGGCUUGGGGGUUGACGAAGGGUAGCGUGGUGAAAUAUUGGCAUGGAGAGCUGGAGUAUGCUUAUGAUACGCAGGAGGCUCUCUUUGGGAGGUAG